UAACAAUAAACAGCACACAAAAAAAUAUAACAUUAGAAUUUUCAACCUAACGCGUUUUCAAUAAGAACUUGUGUUACAUAAUCAUUGAGUCCGUUUCCGAACCGAUUUAAGUAAUCCUAGUAGUGUUUGUUUUGUUUAUCUUUAAAUUACCGGUGGUAGUGAUCAAAAACUAUAUGGAGAUGGUAGUGAAAAUUAUGAAAUAACCAUUUAGAUUUCUUCGUAACUCUGAAAUGAAUAAAACUGUGAGACUGUUUACUGCAAGGAUAAAAUUUUGUACAUUUGUACAAAUAUCCUCAACAUCAAAACCCACUUCUUCCGAAGUUUUAUCCUCAUAUUUGAUGCAAUGCAAUGAACCACCUUGGACCUCUUAUUUCGUAAAGUACAGAAGUGUAAAAGAUGAUCAAUUUGGUAUGUCUAAUUUCAACUGGAAAGUUGGGAAUUCAAAUUACCAAAUAUUGCGCACUGGAUGUUUUCCAUACAUGAAAUAUCAUUGCUCGAAGAGGAUACCCGAAGACUUAGAAUUAUCUGAUAAGUUUAUGAGAGUUAUUAAAAUUGUUAAUUUAGGUAUACCAUGUUUACUUUAUGGUCUUGCAGCAACCCAACUAAUCAAGCAUAAGGAAAUAGUAUACACAAAUAAAGGUCCUGUUACAAUAUAUUUUCUACUACCUGAACAUAAAGGGUCCCAAUACUAAUAAUAAUAGUUGAAUGAAUGGGAUUAUCAGUUGUGCAAUAUAUUUAUUAUUAGAAUAAAGUACUAAGACGUAGUUUGUAUUUUU